CCGCGGACAAGGACCGCUGUCGUUUUAAUUUGGGCCAGAGCCAAUAAUCAGAUAGGCUUGCCUGGUUAUGCUAGUCAUUUGAGAGUCGCCGCCGCCCGGCGCCGGGCGUAGCGCGCAGGUGCCGCCGCACCGCCCGCUUCAAGGUCGUCCCAAGGCCGUAGGGAAGACCGCCGGGGAUUGUCUUGGGUGGAAGGCUCGCCGGGCGGCGUCCAGAAGUGAGGACAUCUGUGGCGGAGAGCGAUGAAUUUCAUUUAAGUUAAGAAGUGAAAUUAAUGAUACCUUUUAUAAUGAUACUGAAGCCAAAAAGUAUUCACAAAAUUCACGAAUAAUUGAAAUUCAAGAGCAGAUGAGUGAGCGUGCCCUAGAACUUCUUACGCUUCCAGAAGAUGAACCCUGUUACGUUCUGGAUAUUGGUUGCGGGUCAGGCCUUAGUGGAUCUGUUCUCGACGAGCAAGGGCACUUUUGGGUUGGUGUUGAUAUCUCUUCAGCAAUGCUUGAUGUAGCUCAAGAUCGAGAAGUUGAAGGAGAUCUUAUUCUUGGUGACAUGGGAGAGGGGAUGCCGUUCAGAGCUGGCACAUUUGAUGGGGCCAUCAGUAUAAGUGCUCUCCAAUGGCUUUGUAAUGCUGAUAAGACACACCACAACCCCGUAAAACGGCUGUACAAAUUUUUCAGUACCCUAAAUGCAUGCUUGAGUCGUACAGGUCGAGCUGUAUUUCAAUUCUAUCCAGAAAAUUCAAACCAAGUUGAAUUAAUAACAUCACAGGCUAUGAAAGCUGGUUUUUAUGGUGGUGUUGUUGUGGACUAUCCAAACAGUACAAAGGCCAAAAAAUUCUUCCUUGUUUUGAUGACAGGUGGUAACAUGCCAUUACCCAAAGCCCUUGGUACUGAUGGAGAGUCUAGCUCAGUGGCAUACAGUAAAAAGAGGGAAUUGGAUAGAGCUCGGGGCUCUAAAGGAAAGUCAUUGAAAAACUCUAGGGAAUGGAUUUUAGAAAAGAAAGAAAGGAGAAGAAGACAAGGAAGGAAUACUCGAGCAGACACCAAAUAUACUGGGCGGAAACGUAGUGGCCGGUUUUAAUUGUUUAGAGCUGAUUCUGUUAAGAAAUACCCUAUUCUAUUUUUUCAAUCUUAUAUUUAUCUCCAAAAUAUUUGGAUGAAAUUAUAAAACAUGGAAAAUGUUUGGAAGAGUAAAUUCCAAAGUAAAUUCAACAACUUGUGCUGAUUGUAUUUAAAGUUUAUUGUAAUAUGUAAAACAAACAAAUAAAUUUUCUUAAAUAGCACAGUAA